GUUACUGAUCCUGUUUUUGUCGCUCCACCACCUCCCCAAGAAGAUCCAAACAUGAACAAACCCAGACCUCGUUUAUGUGAAUUAGAGAAAUCUUCGCCGUCAGAGGAGUUCGGCUUCAAUUUGCACGCUGAAAAAGGCCGUGGUCACUUUAUCGGUACCGUUGACCAAGGUGGCAUAGGGGAUCGCGCGGGUCUUCGCAUGGGUCAGCGUAUUGUCGGAGUUAACGGGGUACUUGUCUAUCCGAAUACACCUCACAAAGAAGUGGUCGCACAAAUCAAACGUUCACCACUGCGUACCACGCUACUGGUCGCUUCGGAAAACGUUGACCGAUGGUACAAAGAGCACAAUGCUGAGUAUUCAUUCGAUUAUGUCGAGGAAAAUGUCUCGAACAGCAAGCAACUCAGCCUCCAUGUAAGUUUUCGAAUCUCACUUUCCAUCAGUCAAUCACUCUUAAGUGAAGACGUCGACCACAUUGAGGUUGAAGAAGUGCACGAAAAUGAUGUUGCUCAAGAGCAGGAGCACGGAGUUGAACUAUCUCAACAGGACCGCCAGGCUCACGUCUCUGUCGUUCAGACUGAAAGUGAGCGUACAGCUGUGGACACAGCGUACAAUGACGGUAUUAUCGAGGCAGUGUUCUCGGCGCUACCGGCACUGUCGAAGACUCAGACGCCGCCAGAACCGCUCAUGAAGGCCAACGAACUGCAACACGAAGAGCUGAAAAUCCAUGACUCGUCUUGCACUAACUCAACGCAUUCUUUGUCGCACCAGAACGCUGUCGACGUUGCGAAUGUAUGUGAAACUUGGUUUUUGGUGGCGGUAGUUUAUUACUAG